UUUUAACCCCGUGGACCGUCCAUCUAUGAUGGAACGGGCGAUGGAGCAGCUCAACGUACAGCUCAGUCGAUUGACCCGGUCUCUUCGCCGGGCCAGGACCGUGGAACUCCCGGAAGGUAGCGAUGCAGUAUGACCGAGCAUUCAUUUAUUAGAUAAUGGACAAAAGUGAUCUCCCCAUCAGUUAUUACGUGUGUGUGUUGCUCGGUGCAGGCACCAAUGCUGCUUAGAAAACGUAGUUUCCCUUUGUAAAGAUUCAAAAUGACACAAAAUUCAGGUUUUUAUUUCAGUUUUAUUUAUAACGCGCAAUUUCAAAACAACAGUUCUCUCAACGCGCUUUAUGUCCUGUGGCCAAGAUUUUACACUGAAUCCGCAGCAAUCAGAUGAAACAGGAGACUUCCAGCAAACGCAGGUGUAGGGAGGGCAGCCAGCUGCUGUGGCCUUUUGAGAGCCAAGGGAAGGAGAGGACAGAGCGCCCACAAACAGCAAAUGGGACCAAACACAAAGUAGAAGCAUCAGGUAAAGUACAGUCAGGUUAAUGACAUGCAAAGGACAGAGGUAAUUACAUCAGGACUGAAAAGAGGCACCUGGAAAAAAAAUACUCGGGGCAUAAAGUGCCUCGAAUUGAGAGUUGUUGUGGUUUGGCGCCAUAUAAGUAAAACUGAAAUGAAAAAAAUAAAAUAAACAAACCCCAGAUGAACAGCUGUUUCUCACGUGAGUGAGAGGGUGAAUGCAGGCAUCAACUACUGUCUCUCCAAGGUAACAGGUGCUUUGUACCACUCAGAGCUGUGCUGUUCAUGAUUGGUUUGGCAGGCGACUAGGUAAAAUACAUGUAGUGAAACAAAUGAUUUUGAGGGGAAAUAAACAACAAUUUGCUGAUGACCUCGCUCUGAACUUUAUUUAAGUAAACCUUUUUUGUUGUUCAUGAUGGAAUAUCACUCACCUUUCCUAGCUUUAACGUGAGCAAUGACAGCUGACGCCGAGCCUGUCGAGGCUAAACGGUUCCACGAGGAUGAAAACGAUGUCGGUCAUGUGCUAAUGGUUUCAGUCACCUAAUUCCAGCCCAGCUCAACUCCUCUGGGACAUGUUGGACUGUGUUAGACACAAGUGAAUGUUUUUGGAAGGAUUGUUUUAUCCCUCCAGUGGUGUUCCCCUGACAAUGAGACAGCGGUGUACACACUCAUGCCAAUGGUCAUGGCAGACCAGCACAGAUCAGUGUCAGAGUUGCUGCUCAACUCCAAGUUUGAUGUGAAUUAUGCUUUUGGACGAGUGAAGAGGAGUCUGCUACACAUCGCAGCCAACUGUGGCUCAUUGGAGUGUCUGGUGCUGCUGCUAAAGAGAGGAGCCAAUCCAAACUAUCAGGACAUCUCAGGCUGCACCCCUCUGCAUCUUGCUGCCAGGAAUGGACAGAAGAAGUGUAUGGGGAAACUGUUGGAAUAUAAUGCUGACGUCAAUAUCUGUAACAAUGAAGGCCUGACUGCUAUCCACUGGUUAGCAGUAAAUGGGCGAACAGAGCUCCUGCAUGAUCUGGUCCAGCAUGUGUCCAAUGUGGAUGUUGAAGACGCCAUGGGCCAGACAGCGCUACAUGUAGCCUGUCAAAACGGACACAAAACAACGGUGCUUUGUCUUCUGGAAAGUGGAGCUGACAUUAACCGACCAAACGUCUCUGGAGCAACGCCUCUUUACUUUGCUUGCAGCCAUGGCCAGAGAGACACAGCCCAGAUCCUUCUCUCUCGAGGUGCCAAGUACAUCGCUGACAACAAUGGAGUCACUCCACUGGAUGUCUGUGUGCAGGGAGGAUAUGGAGAAACCUGUGAGAUUCUCAUCCAGCACCAUAGCAGGCUGUUCUUGACCCUCAUCCAGAUGACGCAGAAUAAUGACAUUAAAGAGAACAUGCUCAGGCAGGUUCUGGAACAUGUCUCUCAGCAGAGUGAUAGUCAUUACCACAGGAUCUUGACCAGUCUUGCAGAAGUGGCUACCACCAAUGGACACAAGCUUCUCAGCCUGUCUAGCAGUUAUGAAGCGCAGAUGAAGAGUCUGCUGAGAAUUGUUCGUAUUUUCUGCCAUGUGUUCCGCCUGGGACCUUCAUCACCAAACACUGGCAAUGACAUGGGCUACAAUGGAAACAAGACGCCACGCAGCCAAGUUUUUAAGCCUCUGGAGCUACUAUGGCACUCCCUGGAUGAGUGGCUGGUGCUCAUCUCUACAGAGCUGGAAAGGAAUAGGAAGAACCCAUCUUCCUCCUCCAGCAGCGAUAUAGCCUCUCUGCUUCUGAAACAGCGUGAGUCAGAACAUGAUGGGUCCACGCCAAAGCUUCCCUCCUUGCUGGAUCAUCAGAUUGUCAUUGAAUCAGAGGCGUAUGCUGACGGGGAGGACGUCAUCUCCAUGACAGCCAGUCGACUCAGUGCUGUUAUCCAGGCUUUCUACAUGUGUUGCUCCUGUCAGAUGCCCCAAGGAAUGACAUCACCCCGCUUCAUUGAGUUUGUCUGCAACAAUGAUGAUGUGCUCAAGUGUUUCGUUAUCAGAAAUCCAAAGAUCAUCUUUAACCACUUCCACUUUCUCCUUGAAUGUCCAGAGCUGAUGUCACGCUUCAUGCAUAUCAUUAAAGGCCAGCCCUUUAAGGAUCGGUGUGAGUGGUUCUACGAGCAUCUGUUGGCCGGCCAGCCGGAUUCUGACAUGGUUCAUCGUCCAGUCAAUGAGAAUGAUGUGCUGCUCAUCCACAGAGAUUCCAUAUUUAGGAGUAGCUGUGAGAUGGUUUCAAAGUCCACCAAUGAAAAACUCAAACAAGGCAUUGCUGUUCGUUUCCAUGGCGAGGAGGGUAUGGGCCAAGGUGUAGUUCGGGAGUGGUUUGACAUUCUAUCCAAUGAGAUCAUCAACCCAGACUACGCUCUGUUCACUCAGUCAGCUGAUGGUACAACGUUUCAACCCAACAGCAACUCAUCAGUGAACCCAGACCAUCUGAACUACUUUCGAUUCGCAGGUCAGAUUCUGGGUCUCGCUCUGUACCACCGGCAGCUGGUCAACAUCUACUUCACACGCUCAUUCUACAAACACAUACUCGGUAUCCCUGUGAAUUACCAGGACGUGUCUUCUAUCGAUCCAGAGUAUGCUAAGAAUCUGCAGUGGAUCUUGGACAAUGACAUCAGCGAUCUGGGCCUGGAGCUCACCUUCUCAGUAGAGACUGAUGUGUUCGGGGCGAUGGAGGAAGUGCCACUAAAACCCGGAGGGACCAGCAUCCUGGUCACCCAGGACAACAAGGCCGAGUAUGUGCAGCUAGUGACAGAGCUGAGGAUGACUCGAGCCAUCCAGCCUCAGAUAAAUGCAUUCCUGCAGGGAUUCCACACCUUCAUCCCCGCCUCGCUCAUUCAGCUCUUUGACGAAUAUGAACUGGAGCUCCUACUAUCAGGGAUGCCCGAGAUUGAUGUGCAGGACUGGUGUAGGAACACUGAGUACACCAGUGGAUACGACACUCAGGAGCCAGUCAUCCAGUGGUUCUGGGACGUGGUGACGGGCCUGACCCAGGAGGAGAGGGUUCUCUUGCUUCAGUUUGUCACGGGAAGUUCCAGGGUUCCUCAUGGAGGAUUUGCCUACCUGAUGGGUGGGAGCGGUUUACAGAAAUUCACUAUUGCUGCAGUCCCGUACACCUCCAACCUGCUGCCUACCUCGAGUACCUGUAUCAACAUGCUGAAACUUCCAGAAUACCCAAGCAUGGAGGUCCUGAGGGACCGCCUGCUGGUGGCUUUGCACUGUGGGAGCUAUGGCUAUACCAUGGCCUGAGCAGUGUCUGCAGGUUUGACCGUCUCCAGCCUCCACCUCCUCCACAGACGACCCUUUUGCAGUCAGCUGCUUCUUCUGCUGGAUGAACAGGGAAAAUCCUUAAACAGGUCCAGAUCUCCCUUCACGCCUGUGCCAGGAUUUCAUUUUUCAGCUUUCAUUGGAGACACAGCAGAGACCGACAGGAGUGCAGAGGGAGAACCUGCAGCAUGUGGUCGCCUCCUCAUCCCACUGAGCUAAACCAGCACCCAGCAUUUCAUUUUUAGGUGAUUUAUGCAAAUCAUGUAUUUAAAUGGACUGUUUUUCAUGCAGAUAUUUAUUUAGGAUUAAAACAUUAUUUAGAAGAUACGUUUUGUACUGAAAACACAUACCAACACACAUUUUGUGUCGAGAUUAUAUAUCAAAGUGCAUCAUAAACAUUAUCACAAUAUAUGGAAUCACGUUUUGUUUUUGUGCCGUCUCAGGCCUUCAUCGUUCGUUUACUCUUUGGGCCAGUAUUGUGUAACUGUUUGAUACCUGGGCCAAUAACAGUGAACGGUUUUUGAUACCUUUGGUUUUAUAAUUACAUGACCAAAAAUAGUCGUAA